AGGAAAAAUCCAAUGAAAAUGCAAAGACCGAUGCUCCUUAAACCGCGAGCUUGGCACUCUGGAUUGGCUUCGAGUUUGUUGAGCUUGACGACCACAGGAACCAAAAGCACCUUGUUUCCUUCCUUUUUUUUCUUUUUUAUCAAACACUUUCCUUUUCUUUUCGUCUUUCUUUUUUCAAUUUCAUCGCCAUUAAUUCUUUUUCUUUCUGUAUAUUACCUUCUUUUUAUGGUUAUAUAUAUAUAGAGAGAGAGUUGCAGUCUCACUUCAUUACCCACUCUCAUCACUGCUUUUUUUUGCCAGAUUUUGUUUUUAUAAGAAUCCCUUAAACCCUACAUAAACACUUCAAAAACCCUUUUGCUAUUGGAGUUCGAUGUCUUCUUAUGUUACUUUAAAUUUUGUACCUUCACUCAAACUCAAUGUCAACACCACCACCACCACCAAUACCAACUCUUUUCAUUUAUCAAACAAUUUCUCUUCUUUCUUUGGGCACUCUUCCUAUAAUUCUUUCAGACAUUUGAGUAGUUCUUCCACCUGCAAAAAUCAUUGGAAUGUGAUUACGGGUUCUAGAUCAUCAUUCUCUUCCGUGUUCAAGUGUAUUGCACGGAAAUCUCAGCCUGAGGUUUCAAUUGAUGCUCAUAAUAAUGGUGGUUACGAAGAGAGAGUGGUUGUGUUGGUUAUUGGUGGAGGGGGAAGAGAACAUGCACUUUGCUAUGCCUUGCAACGAUCUCCCUCUUGUGAUGCUGUCUUCUGUGCACCAGGCAAUGCGGGCAUUGCCAACUCUGGAAAUGCUACUUGUAUUCCAGAUCUUGAUAUCUCCGAUAGUUCAGCUGUGAUAUCUUUCUGUCACAAAUGGGGUGUAGGAUUGGUUGUUGUUGGACCAGAAGCACCUCUUGUUGCUGGCCUUGCAAAUGAUCUAGUGAAGGUUGGAAUUCCUACUUUUGGUCCUUCGGCAGAGGCGGCUGCUUUAGAAGGUUCAAAGAACUUUAUGAAGAGCUUGUGUGACAAAUAUAAAAUUCCCACUGCAAAGUACAAAACAUUUACGGAUCCAUUUGCUGCAAAAGAAUAUAUUCAGGCUGAAGGAGCGCCUAUCGUUAUCAAAGCAGAUGGCUUGGCUGCUGGAAAAGGAGUAAUUGUUGCUAUGACACUAGAGGAGGCAAAUGAAGCUGUUGACUCAAUGCUUGUGAAAGGUGCUUUUGGUUCUGCAGGCUGUCGUGUUAUUGUUGAGGAAUAUCUGGAAGGAGAAGAAGCAUCUUUCUUUGCACUAGUGGAUGGAGAGACUGCUAUUCCCUUAGAAUCUGCUCAGGACCAUAAGCGUGUUGGUGAUGGAGAUACGGGGUCUAAUACUGGAGGGAUGGGCGCAUACUCCCCAGCACCAGUAUUAACUCGAGAGCUUCAAUCAAUAGUUAUGGAAACUAUAAUUAUCCCCACCGUGAAAGGAAUGGCAGCAGAAGGCUGCAAGUUUGUUGGAGUUCUAUAUGCUGGAUUAAUGAUUGAGAAGAAGUCUGGCUUACCUAAGCUAAUUGAGUACAAUGUGCGCUUUGGAGAUCCAGAGUGCCAGGUUCUAAUGGUCCGUUUGGAAUCUGAUUUGGCACAAGUCCUCCUUGCAGCUUGUAGAGGAGAGCUAAGUGGAGUAUCUUUGAAUUGGUCCCCAGGGUCUGCCAUGGUGGUGGUAAUGGCAAGUAAAGGUUACCCUGGGUCCUAUGAGAAGGGGACUGUAAUUGGAAACCUUGAAGAAGCUGAAAAUGUAGCUCCAACAGUUCAGAUAUUCCAUGCUGGAACUGCUUUGGAUGCAGACGGAAACUUCAUUGCUACUGGGGGCCGUGUUCUUGGGGUUACUGCCAAGGGAAGAGAUCUUCAAGAGGCAAAGGAUAGAGCAUAUCAGGCAGUUGAAGAAAUCAACUGGCCUGGAGGAUUCUAUCGGCGGGACAUUGGGUGGAGAGCAUUUCCACAAAAGCAAUUUGCGACGGAAAGGUAAAAUUAUUACUGAUGUACUUGAUGUUGCCUAUCUAAGAAUGCAAACUUUAUAUACUAUGGAAUGUUCGAAAUUCCAUGAAAGAGAAAUGGUGAUCAUCUGGGGCCAGUCAGUCAAAUGAAUGAAACAGAAAGGUCCUCCGCAAUUGUUCUUGUAUUUGAAAGAUACGCCUCGGAUCUAUUUUCUUUUUCUUUUUCUUAUUCUACUGAUAAAACUAAUCUCCACUUUUAUACAAUCAAGAAUAACAAGAGAAAAUCAACAAAUUUUUUAGAUUGUGCACUUGUAUUUCAAACAUUGUAAUGAGGAUGCAGGGUGGUUAGGUUGGCCAAAAGUAGCAUAGGACACAGCAUCCUCUUGAUUAUUGAUAGUUAAUUUUUCUAGUCUUUCCAUGUCGUAAAUGAAUAAUAUCUCAGAGCAAAAUGGUCUAACUA